AGGUUACGUCGUUAAAAUGCGUCCGAGUUUGUUUUCGUUAGCUUAAAUCGUAGCGUUUUAUAUUUCAUUCUUGUUGUAUCUAAAUCUCAGGUUCAUUUGUGCGAUUCUGUAGCGUAUGCUUAGAUCCAGGUUUGCACAAUGCGUGGUCUAUGAAAACUGUAUUUACACGUUACGUACAUUGUUGUUAUCAUGAGUGGGGGACUGGCGCCAAGCAAAAGCACUGUGUAUGUGUCUAACCUGCCUUUCUCUCUCACCAACAAUGAUCUCCAUAAGCUAUUUACCAAGUAUGGGAAAGUUGUGAAGGUGACUAUAGUCAAAGACAAAGACUCUCGAAGAAGUAAAGGUAUAGCAUUUGUUCUCUUUCUGGACAGAGAAUCAGCCCAUAACUGUGUACGAGCAAUCAACAAUAAACAGUUGUUUGGUCGAACCGUUAAAGCAAGUAUUGCUGUUGACAAUGGACGAGCAACCGAGUUUAUAAGGAGAAGGAACUACACAGACAAGUCCAGAUGUUAUGAAUGUGGGGAUACAGGACACCUAAGUUAUGCAUGCCCCAAAAACAUGCUUGGUGAGAGGGAACCUCCAAAGAAAAAAGAAAAGAAAAAGAAGAAAAAGCCCCAACAGCAUGAGCAGCAGGAUGAUGAACCAGAAAGUGAAGAUGAGGGUGAGGAUCCAGCUCUGGACAGUUUAAGUCAAGCUAUUGCCUUUCAGCAAGCACAUAUAGAAGAAGAAGAGGACAAACGUAAAAGGCAGGCAGCUUCAUCUAAAGAAGAUGGUGGUCCGUCCACUUCCACUGACUCAAGGAAACCCAGGAUCAAAAAAAGUGCAUACUUCAGUGAUGAGGAGGAGCUCAGUGACUAAACACUCUUUAUACACAUGCCACCUUGUCAGUCUUUCACAAACCAGCACAUUGAUCUUUAUGUCCUAGUUGUAUAUACUAUUUAUUUUUUAUUUUUUUUUACAAAAUGUACUUUUAAUUUUCAACCAUGCUGUCAUUUUUGUACUCAUGAUUGUUGUGCUGUCAAGCACAUAUAAAAUAAAUAGGGCCUGUGUUGCUUUCCAACUACUGGUAUAUAACGUUUUGAAAUCUAUGUUUUAUUUUAGUGGUGUAUCAAGAUUAUUAGAUGGAGAAUUACAGUCAUGUAAACACAAACUCUGUUAAGGCAAAAUAGAGGCUUCUAACUGGUGAGUGAGGUAAUAAUGAAGAGUACUGCACUCUUCUGUGCAGUAUAAAUGAGAUACAACAUUAUCUCAAUUUAAUAUUUCCUCCAAAAUGCCACACUUAAUAAUAAUGCCCAAAGGCUAUAGCCAGACAAGACUAAAUAAUUCUCUAAAAGGGCUGAAGAACUGGUCUGAAUUUUACAGUGGAAUGUUCUGUUUAACUGUCACAAUGUGGUUUUGUUGACAUUGUUCAUAGUUAAUAUAUCUGUAAUUGGAUCUAACUGCAUGAAACAAAAAUGUCCAAUG